AUGCUGAAGAAGCGGCGGUCCAGUCUUUUCACGUCCAUAAAACGCGAUUUUAGCUUCACGUCGAGCGAUGACCAAACGCCGGACUUCCCGUUUUCGCAAGAGAGUUCCGUCAAACCGUGGACUUCUAUGGACAACUUGGACAACGGGGAAAAGACAAAGAAACCGCCUCAAUGGAAUCCCGGGAUCGUGAACUUGAACAUAGGCGGGAAAGUGUUUCAUAUUCCUAAACAUUUGGUUCUGAGGUAUCCGAAAAGUCGUAUCGGAAGGUUGGCGAUGUGCGAAGACCCGGUGAAGAAGCUAACGCUAUGUGACGACUACAACGUCCAGAACAACGAGUUUUUCUUUGACCGAGACCCGAUGUUCUUCCAUUACAUAUUCCACUUUUACUGCAGUAACGUGCUGUGGGUGAUGGAUAGCCUCUGUUCCGUCAACUUCGAGGAGGAGCUGUCGUUCUGGGGGUUAAGGCUCAAGGACACGCCGAGAUGUUGCCGCAUUCUGUUCGAAGAGAAACUGGACGACAUCCGCGAGAAGCUGAAGGUCAACCAGGAGCUCAUCGCCGAGAUCAAGCCGCACCAGGAGGAAGGCGUCUACAAGACCAUGUUCCUGGGAGGCCCCCGCAAGAUCCUGUGGGACCUGAUGGAGAACCCUUACUCCUCGCUCACGGCCAAAGCCUUCGCCGUCUUCUCCAGCCUCUUCGUGCUCAUCUCCAUCGUGGCCAUGACCAUGAACACCGUCAAAGAGCUGCGUGAUUACAAGCUAGCCGGCAAGACCUACAUGGAGUGGAUCGAGAUCUCGUCCAUACUCUUCUUCACCGUGGAGUACUUCCUGCGGCUGAUGACCACGCCCAACAUCAAGCAGUUCGUGAAGAGCGCCUUGAACUUCGUGGAUUUGGUGGCGGUGAUGCCGUACUUCCUGCAGAUCAUGUUUGAGACGUUCUUCGUGGACUCGGAGGACGCCAGCCAGCAGGAGGACCUGAAGACCAUGGCCAGGGUCAGCAAAGUCAGCAAAGUUCUCAAGGUGGUCAAGCUGAUGAGGAUCUUCCGCAUUCUGAAGUUGGCGCGGCACUCGACGGGAAUGAGGGCGUUCGGGUUCACCCUCCGACAGUGUUCUGAACAGACGCCCCAGUGA